AUGAAUGACAAGUUUCUUUAAUUCUAAAAUAACUAUAGCUAUCAAUACUAUAGAAAAACACUUAAGUUUAACGAUUAAGCCUCAAUUUCACAUAGAUUUUAGACUGAUGUAUCACCCCUACCUAAACAAAAUAAUGCUACACACAAUUCCCCUAGAAAAUUGAUGAAAACUACAUGUGCUUCUUUUUUUGAUCAUUUUUAAAAACUUCCAAAUCCUAGACUCACUGCUUACUAGACAUAUCUUUAAACCAUAUUAUAAAAUAAGAAUGAAAUAUAAGCAAAAUAAAAUUACUAACCUUCCUUUACAUCAUAUAACAUUUAUGGAUAGAAAAUUAGUACUUAUAAAUAAACUAAGGAUACAAUUAAAUAAAUCUAAAAAUAACAAUUUAAUGAGCCUCUCUGCAAAAUUUAGUUAAAAAAAACAACUAAUUCUAAUUCAUAGUAUCAUUCUCCACACAAAAUCAGAAUAUAGAUUAUAAAAAAUUAAUCGAAAUUUAUUCAAAAAAGUCAAAUAGAUCCUAUUUAAGAGAAAACAAUAUAAUAAUAGCUUUGUUCCAAAAUAAAAAAUAUUGAAACUAAAAGAAUUUUAACCCUAGAUGAUAAUUUUGAUGAUGUCGAACCAUGGAAUACUUCAGAUUAAAAAUAUUGA